CCUCCAAUGCCCCCGAGCUGGUGGUGUAGCGCUCGGCCACCGCCUUCCGCCUGCUGCCGGACCUGCAGGCAGCGGUCAGGUCAGGGAAUUGUCACGGAAUUGUGCACCCUCCGCGGCGUGGGCCCCGCCACCGCCUCGGCGGUCCUUGCUGCUGGAGUCCCCGAGGAGGCAGCAUUCAUGUCCCACGAGGCAGUGGCCGCAGUGCCUGGCCUGCUAGCUCUGCAGUACACUCUCAAGCACUACAUGUUGUACCUGGGUCGGGGGCGGGAGUGUGCCACAGCCCUGAGCAGAGGCAGCACCUCAGGGGUGUGGACCCCUCACCACGUGGAGACAGCACUGUGGACCUGGGUUGUGGGGCAGAAGCUGUGCCCCGACCUGCUGCCCAACCUCGGCCCUGGCCCAGCCACCCCUGAGGGCACUAGGCCAGCCAAGAAGCACAGGACCCAGGCUGAUUGAACGUGGCUGUGGCCCAGGGCCUGCUCACCUGCCGCGCAUCCUCAGGCCACAGGUCUCUGGUUGGCCAGCUGGCAGAGCAGGAGCCAGCUGCUGUAGGCACUCAGUAAAUGC